AUGUAUUGUAAUAUUCAAAGCAUGAAAGAAAUAAAGGUCAGAAAUAAACAGGAACUCAAAGCUUUACCAUUACAUUUGAAGAAAAUAAGACACUGUUGUCACAUGAUGGAGACGGCAAAAAAAUAUGAACCAGAUCUUCCUCAGCAUUGUUGUAUAAAUCGUAUCAUGGCAUAUUAA